AACCUCAUCCCGAGAUAACACCCUCAACAACCCUCGCACACCUCACACUCAAAGCCAGGUCGUUGGAGCCAGAGCUGCGCACCCUCUCAUCCACACCGAGCACCCAAGCGCGCAGCUCGCAAUCUCGUAAUCAUGGCCAACCAAACUCCCGCCGUUGUCAUGGACAACGGCACGGGUUUCUCCAAGCUAGGUUUCGCCGGCAACGACUCCCCAUCCUUUGUCUUCCCUACCGCGAUUGCCACCAAGGGCCCGGCAGCUGGUGGCUCCGGCUCCGGUUCCGGCCGGCCUGCCGUAGCCAAUAAACCAUCGUUCCUGACCGGUGGUGCAGGCCCUGCUGGCCACCUAAACUCGAAACGAGGCACGGAGGACUUGGACUUCUUCAUUGGCGACGAGGCAGUGGCAGCUGCUGGUGGUCCUGGAUACGGUCUACACUAUCCCAUCCGACAUGGUCAAAUAGAGAACUGGGAUCAUAUGGAGCGCUUUUGGUCGAAUUCCAUCUUCAAAUAUCUACGAGUCGAGCCUGAGGACCACCACUUCCUCCUCACCGAACCGCCCCUGAACCCUCCCGAGAACCGCGAGAAUACUGCCGAGAUCUUCUUCGAGUCCUUCAACUGUGCCGGCCUCUACAUCGCCGUACAAGCCGUCCUUGCGCUCGCGGCAUCGUGGACCUCGUCAAAAGUGCAAGACCGGUCCCUCACAGGAACGGUCAUCGACUCUGGUGAUGGUGUCACGCACGUCAUCCCUGUGGCCGAGGGAUAUGUGAUUGGCUCGUCGAUCAAGUCGAUUCCCAUCGCUGGUCGUGAUAUCACAUACUUUGUGCAGUCGCUGCUGCGUGACCGCGGCGAGCCCGACUCGUCUCUCAAGACGGCCCAGGAGAUCAAGGAGGAGUAUUGCUACGUGUGUCCCGAUAUCGUCAAGGAGUUUAGCCGCUUCGACCGCGACCCCACGCGCUUUGCACAGCACCCGGUUCUGCAGCCCGGCGGACGCAAGGUGACGGUUGACGUGGGCUACGAGCGCUUCCUCGCACCCGAGAUCUUCUUCAACCCCGAGAUCUACAGCUCCGACUUCCUGACGCCUCUCCCGGUCGUGGUUGACGGUGUGAUCCAGUCAUCACCCAUUGAUGUGCGCCGAGGCCUGUACAAGAACAUUGUACUGUCUGGUGGCAGCACGCUCUACAAGGAUUUUGGCCGUCGCCUGCAGAGGGACAUCAAGCACCUGGUGGACGACCGCAUCCGGGCGAGUGAGGUUCGCAGCGGUGGUGCGAAGAGCGGCGGUCUUGAGGUGCAGGUUAUCAGCCACAAGAGGCAGAGGCACGGUCCGUGGUUCGGUGGAAGCUUGCUUGGACAGACGCCUGAAUUCAGGUCGUACUGCCAUACUAAGGCAGAGUACCAAGAAUACGGCCCCGGUAUCGUGCGGAGAUUUGCCCUACUGGGCGGCCCUGGCGGAUCUUAGAUCACCAUGCUGGAUGUCCCACGUGUUGGCAUGCCGUGCGGGAAGAAGAAGAAUUAGAAUGUCUCGGUUGGCGUGCGCUCAAGGAGACGUGCUCUGGCAAGAGUGCGGCUCGCAAUGGAGAGGGCGUCAGGCGAAAUGUUACAAAAGAGAGCGUCAUCAAAAAUUCAACCACUAUUUCGAACUC